AUGCAAACCUAAGACCUUGUUGAAUAUUUAGAAUAAGAUGUCAAAAGCUUUAAUCAACUCUUUACUUUCAUUCCCUAUCAACCCUCAUUCUAUAAUUUCAUCACCAAGUAUCAAUUGAAAUCCAUUCAAAUCGAAUUGAAGAGUGAAGAAUUCUUACCAUCCAUCUUUGUUAAUGAUAAACUGCAACAUAAAAUUAAGUAUCAUCAGCAAUUCAAACAAGCCUAUGGGUUAACGAACUCUUUUGAAUUUGAUAAUACAAUCUCAAUUGAUAUUAUUUCUUAUGACAUAGAAGAAACUUAUAAAGAGAAAUUGGAAAACGAUAACAUGUAUCCCAUCUUAUUAAACUUUGCAGUUGCUAAUUCGAAUUGGAAUGCUGACUCCCUUGCUCAAUUUAUUAAUGAAAAAGCCUGCUCAUAUAAUACAAUUAAUAUUGAUCUGCUCUAUUUGAAUUUAUUUAGAUUUGCUUUGUACUUUUAAAAAUGUAAUCAAAUAACUACUUUUUUGCAUUAUCCAUCUGUCAAAUUUAGAUUAUAAGAAAUAAGACACACUAACAAAUUUGUAGAAACUCCACUAACUAAAAUGAUUACAAAAUCGAGAUCAAGUUAAAAGAAAGAAAAGGUUCAAUACAAAUUUGGAUUUCUCUCUCUUGAUCAAUCUAACCGAAUCUUUCCUUUGAUGAUUCAAGAUCCUCUUAUCUUUUAAUUGCCAUUAAUAGGUACUUGGUUAUAUUCAAAUGAUCCAUAUGAUGAACCAUUAAAUAAUAGAUAAUACAUAUGGACAAUGUUAACAGAAUAUAUUUGUAGUCCAUACAUCACCCGAAGAAUUUGUAAAGAUUAAUAUGAUUAAUUUUUAUUCAUUCAAUUCCAAAAGAAUCAAUCUCCAUAGUUCUUUGAAGUUAGCAUUCAAGAAGACCCUCAAUAUAAAAUUGUAAGAUCUUAAGAGAGAAUACUUAAUCUAGAUCAUCAUUAAAUUGAUCUAGCAUCUGCUUAACCAUUUAAAUAAAUUGAAAAAAUGGCAGAUUUAUAUAAUCCUAUCUGCAAUACCAAUCAGAAUCCAAAUAAGACUUAAAAUAUUAAUAAACAGGAAAUUCGAUCUGCAGAACCUAUUCAAACUAUUGAAUAAUCAUUUUAAUAGGAAAGCACAGUUAAACAGCCACCAGUCCCUUAACCUUUAGACUCCAAUUAAAGUUAUUAAUCUGCAAAUUUCCCUUAAAAUUAGCAUUUAACAGAAAAAUUAGUUAUCAUGUAAUCAGAAUAGUUAAAAUUAAUGCAAACACAAAUUAUAGAUUUAUAAAGAGCUCUACUUCAUUAAAUGCAAUAACCAAAUGUGCAAUAACCCAUGAGUCCUCCGAGAAAUGAAUAGACAUUUCAUCCAUCAAAUAAAAGAAUUGGUUUGCCAGUAUAGAAGAUAGAUUUCUUAAGUGAAUAAUUGAAAUUGAAAACUCAAUCUAAAAAAAAAGAAUAAGAAAUAGAAGAGAUAGCUUAAUAAAUAUUAUGUGACAAGAUAGAAUCGAUGUAAAAUUCAACUAGGAAUUCUAUUAAUAAAUUAAUCUCAUAAAAUAAUUCAAAUAACUCUGAUACUUCUCAUCAAUUCAAAAUUUCAACUAAUAAAAAACAAUCUUUAGGCGAUUUAAUUAUAUCUAUGAAAGAUAGUGACAUUAAGAGAUAAAUUAAAAGAAACUAAGCCAUGAUUUAAGGAUAUCAAUGGAAAUACUCAACAUGA